AUGGCACGUGUGUGCAGGCAGCUGAGCGGGAGCGCGGCCAGUUUUGCAGGCUGGGUAGGCAUCAUCAUCGCCACCGCCACCAACGACUGGGUGCGCACCUGCGACUACACCGUCACCACCUGUGUGCGCAUGGACGAGCUGGGCGCGAGAGGCCUCUGGGCAGAGUGUGUCAUCUCCCCCUCACUCUACCACUGUGUCAUGCUCAACCAUAUCCUAACCCUGCCAGGUGAGAGAGCGAGUGUGUGUGCGCGUGCGUGUGUGUGUGCAGAUGUGCCACAUCUGUAGCCCACCUGCAGAUUUAAAUAAAGUAAGUCAAUAAAGGCUUACUGAAAACUGUGCAUAUCUCUGAUAUUAUUUAUGUGUUUUCAACAAUGUAUGAAUAUAAAAGUCAACAUUUUGAAAACAUUUUCCGGUGGGUAUCGCUGUGAUCUCUCUCUCUCUACCUCUCCCCUCCCCCUCCAGCAUACAUCCAGACAUGUCGUGCAUUGAUGGUGUGUGCGUGUCUAAUGGGUUUUCCUGCCAUGGGGCUGGUGCUGAUGUCCAUGCCAUGUGUCAGACUCAGAGAUGAGAUCCCCGCUACCAAACUACGCCGUGCCAUGGUCGGGGGCGCUCUCAUCUUCAUCAUGGGUGAGUGAGACACACACAGACACACACAUUCCAUAUGCACACACACAACUUAAUGUUAUCCUAUAUGGAUUAAUUAUGCUGUGUGAGGCUAUGGGAUGAUUUGGGACCGGAUCAUGGUUGUCACUAGAUACCACAGCCACAAAGUCAAAAUUGGCUAACAUGCUGAUAUACAAAUACAGUUGAAGUCAGAAGUUUACAUACACCUUAGCCAAAUACAUUUAAACUCAGUUUUUCACAAUUCCUGACAUUUAAUCCUAGUAAAAAUUCCCUGUUUUAGGUCAGUUAGGAUCACCACUUUAUUUUAAGAAUGUGAAAUGUCAGAAUAAUAGUAGAGAGAAUGAUUUCAUUCAGCUUUUAUUUCUUUCAUCACAUUCCCAGUGGGUCAGAAGUUUACAUACACUCAAUUAGUAUUUGGUAGCGUUUCCUUUAAAUUGUUUAACUUGGGUCAAACGUUUUGGGGAGCCUUCCACAAGCUUCCCACAAUAAGUUGGGUGAAUUUUGGCCCAUUCCUCCUGACAGAGCUGGUGUAACUGAGUCAGGUUUGUAGGCCCUUGCUCGCACACGCUUUUUCAGUUCUGCCCACACAUUUUCUAUAGGAUUGAACCUCAUUGGUUUUUAGGAGCAAAUACCCACGUGGGUGAUUGAAAGAUGAACUGAGGUCCACACUCCAGUCCAGUUGGUGGUGGUAAUGCUCAUUAAAGUUACUUGAAACGAACUCAGUUUCCUGUUUUAUCUGUGGAUUAAUUGUCGGAGUACAGGACCUUGUGCAUUUCAGGUAAAAUAACAACCCAAUGUUUAUAUCCCAGGACAAAUUAGCUAGCAACAGCAAGCUAGCUAGCUAAAUUGCCAUACAUGUUUAAUGCUUUUCAACCUGUCCCCAAAUUAAUAUAGUUGGUUCAGAGUUCGUUUUGAUAUUUCAACCUUCAAUGUCCUGAUCGCGUCUGGUGUGGGUGUACAAAAUCAACAUCGGCGCGAUGGCACACAGCGACGCACGCGAGCGGUCUGGUCAGCAUGUAAGGUUUAAAAUCAGAUUUUAAGAAGAAAAAUUGUCGAAAUAGGCUUAUGAUUCUGUGACUGUGGUAACUAAUGAUGACCUCAGAUCACCCUCUCUCUUCCUGCUUCCUGUGUGGGACAGGAAGUCCCUGUCAGCAGCCUCAUGACUGACAGACCCAGUUGGGGGACAAAAGCUGACUCAACUCUCUUUCUCUCCUCCUCUUCCUCCUGCCCCCUCUCUCCCCAGCCCUCUGUGGAUUGGUGUCGACCAUCUGGUUUCCUAUUGGUUCUCACGCAGAGGAGGGUCUAAUGUCAUUCGGCAUCUCACUGUACACCGGAUGGGUCGGCUCCGCCCUCUGCCUUCUGGGGAGCUUCAUGAUUCUGUGUUGCCGUGGUAACGACCCCUCGGCGACCCCGCAGAGGCAGGAGAACAGCUACUACUACUCCAGACAGGCAGGCGGCGCCACGCCCAUUAACCUUGCCCCUACCGCCGUAGUCACGGGCAACCACGCCAAGAGCGCACAUGUGUAAGAAUGUGCAUUUGUGAGAGUUGGAGUUCUAGGCCAA